AUGAACACCCGAUUCUAUUUCAAUAUUCCUAAAGAUCGCAACAAUUUUUACCUAGCCGCGCUAGGAUGUUUAGUAGUAUUUUUUGGAAUAUAUUUGAUAUUUUCUGUAUUGUUUUCGUCCAAUGAUAAUGAUUUCGAUGAUGAUAAUGUUACGAUUUUGAAGCAUACCCACGCUUUUAUACAUUCCGCAUAUUAUUAUCAGAAAUCUGAAACCCUUGGAGAUAAUGCGAUUGCUUUGGUGAUGAGUAUAAAUAAAUUAACGGCUGAAAAUAUUCUGGAUAUGAAUAUCAAAUUGUUAGCGACGAAUGAAACUCUGGACAGGUUUCCAGUGAAAGCAAGUUUGACAAGGUGAGUUGGACGUUCUUUGAAAAUCAAAAUCAAAUCUUCUGGUCCAGUGAGCACCGAUUCAAUGGGUCUUGUGAAUACGUCACCGUUCUGGCUCAAGCCAACACUAUCGAGAACAUGGGUCGGCUGGAAAUCCAGGGUGGAAAUCGUGUGAUUGACAAACUGCUAUUCAAAAAACCUUUGGAAACAUCGCCAAGUAAGGUGGUGUUUUGUGUGGCUCCACAAUUGGGCGCCGAGAAUUGGCAGGAGUUUUUGCGGCAGGUCCACGUGGCAAAACGAUAUGGAGCGCAUUUGCAUAUUUAUGUGAUUAGUAUGGUGGAAAAGUAUUUUAGAUUGAUGAAGGAAUAUGAGAGCUUGGUGAGUUUCAAGACAGCUAUUUACUAGUUACUGAGGAUGAGUUUCCAGGGUUAUAUCAGUUUGGAGCCUUGGCUCACUGUGAAAUAUUCGCAUGUUCGUGAACGUGUUGAUGAACCGAAUAAAAACAUCGAGAUUCUUCAAAGAACAUCAGCGUUCACUGAUUGUAUUUUGAACUACAAAGAAGCUGCGGAGUUUGUUGGAAGUAUUGAAAUGGAAGAUUUGCUAUUCCCAAUUGGCUCGACGUCAUAUUACGAAGAAUUUGAGAAACAAUAUGAUGGAAGUUAUUUGUACAGCGCAUUAACCUACGCUAGACAGACUUUAUUGAUUCCGCAGACAGCGGAAGAUUCUAUCUCGGUAUCGUCACUUUUCGAAACAGUUCUGGCUGGUGACGUCAGUUCGUAUGGUAGAUCUUUUGUGAGAACAUCAAAUUAUAAUUCAACGUGGCUGCAUUGGAGUCGAAAUUCGGAUUUGAUUCCCAGAGAGAUUCAAGGGAAUGUCACAUAUUUGCAGCAUAAGCAAGUUGAAGGUUGCAGAAUUUUUAACUUCAAAAAGGCAGAUAUCGGAAAUGAUACUAGAACUGAAGUUAUUAUGGAUGAUAAAAUUCUCGCGGAAAUUGAAGAAGAAUUAAAAAGUCAUCUAGAGUUGCCACAAAUCAAAAAAUUGAUGGCGCAUCUUCCAAGAAACAAACUCUACUCUCCAAUUUUUGAGAGAUGUUUCGAAACUCUAACUUCUUCAGUGUCACCACAAGAAACAGUUUGUAUGGAUAUGUAUUCGUGUGAAUUGCCACGUCGAGAAGAUGUUCCUUGCAUUCACAGUGAUGGUCUCUACAGUUCCAUGAUUCCGAUGAGACCGAUCACUUAUCAUUAUAGUAGUGAGCAUUUUUUCAGCAGGAACAUUGGUUGUAAUGUUUAA